UGUUCAGGGGUUAGUAGUGACGUGGAGCGCGUUGUCAUGGAAUCCCACAGUGCACCUGAUAGUGGAGUCGGUUUGGGACGCGGCCAGGCUGGAAAACACGAUGGUGGUGUUUAUGUGACGGAAUGUGGGCGCACCGUGACACAACGCUGAACAAAAAUCGUUAAUCCGUUUAUUAAAAUCCCGUACCGUGAGCGCCACACACACACACACACACACACACGGUGCUCGUGCAUGUUAGAUGUAGGGAACAGUGUGUGGGGAUUAGGACGCCAUUUGGAACGCGACGCACGAGCGCGUAUCAUGGACCAGCGUUAGAAGCGGCCGCGCUCGCGCCUCUGCACCGGAGAGAAAAGGGAGAAUGUGGCGCUCGGUAACGGAGGCAUGCCGCGGCCUCGCGCUGUCCGUGUGGCUCGUGUCGCUGUGCUCGGUGCACGCGCCGUGCCUGGACUUCGCGGCGGAGAAGGAGGAGUGGUACACGGCCUUCGUCAGCGUCACGUACGUGGACCCGGUGACGGCGGAGCUGCGCACCGAGAAGAGCGAGUGCGGCCACUACGGCGAGCAUUCCCCCAAGCGCGACGCCAAGGGCUUGCUCGCCACGGCGGCGUCCGCGCGCGAGCGCCACGCCUGCGACCCCAACACGCGCUUCGCCGUCCCCGACCGAGCCGGCGCGUGGAUCGCCCUGGUCACGCUCGGAAACUGCACGUUCAAGGAUAAAAUCCGCCACGCGUCCGGACAGAACGCCUCCGCCGUCGUCAUCUUUAACGUCGGGGCUUCCAACGCCAACGAGACCAUCACCAUGCCACAUCCGGGUACGGGUGAUGUGGUAGCGAUCAUGAUCCCCGAGCACAGAGGCCGUGAGCUGGUGCUGUUACUGGAGAGGAACGUGACGGUGAACAUGCACAUCACCAUCGGGACACGAAACCUGCAGAAGUACGUGAGCCGCACAUCCGUUGUCUUCGUCUCCAUCUCCUUCAUCGUCCUCAUGAUCAUCUCGCUGGCGUGGCUCGUCUUCUACUACAUCCAGAGGUUCAGAUACGCCAACGCCCGAGACCGCAACCAGAGGCGACUCGGUGAUGCAGCUAAAAAGGCCAUCAGUCAGCUCCAAGUACGGACCAUCAGGAAAGGAGACCAGGAGACCGAGUCAGACUUUGAUAACUGCGCUGUGUGUAUCGAAGGCUACAAGCCUAACGACGUGGUGCGAAUUCUCCCCUGCAGGCAUGUCUUCCAUAAAGGCUGUGUGGAUCCGUGGCUGGUGGACCAUCGCACGUGUCCCAUGUGUAAAAUGAACAUCCUGAAAGCGCUCGGGCUCACGUCGAGCGCAGAGUGCCUGGAGGAACUCCCUCUGGACUACGACCUGGCCGUUGGGGGCGUGGCCCUGAACGCCAUGGUGAUGAGCGACGACGUCCUGGCAGGUGACAUCACAGGGGGACGUGACCCCGGGGUCAGGAUGGUGGGUCUCCCUCAGGUCCUCCUGGACUCGGAGCCCAUCACAGAAGACACCUUGCUGACUGAGCAGAGUGAACUUCAGCCAAUAGUGAGCAGCAGUUCUGAAGCAUCGCUUGCCGCAGGGGCGGGGCAAUACGAUAUGGACACACCCACAGACAGCGUGAAAUGCCGACCGGGCAGCAGCCUCGGGCACUCGAACCACGGAUGCGCGGACUGAGUCGUCCCCUGCGACGGCGGAGUAGCCAUGGCGACGGGAGACGCUGACUGAGCUUCCAGUGGAAUCUCCUAGCCGAUGACAUCACACUAUGACAUCACUGCCUGCUGCAUUCUUACCCUUUACUCUUUCUGUGUGUCUGGUGUUUGAGGAGGAGACGCACCAGCUCCUCUUUCUCUGUUGAUUUACUUCAGAGUGUACACUCGAGUACCGUAUAUUCCGGAUUAUAAGACGCGGUUUAACUGCAUAGCAGGUGCUGGGGUUGGGUCACUGCACACUUAGCCUCACGUCGCCGGAUUAUAAAUCACCACACUGUGGCCGAAUUCUCAACACGGCGUUCAGCUUCGUACUUGAAACGUGUACACACCAGCCAUCGCUAGACUACACUGAAACUAUACGUUCAGCAUUUAAAGCUACCUGUAAGAAAUAUGCAAGAAACAGACAUUGAAUAGUUUUUUAUUUUACUGAGUUAGACGAUCCGUUAAACUGAAAAAAAAAAAAAAAAAACACUGGUUGUAAUCUUUUAUUAGCAUUAUCUAAGUUGAGUUAUUGAUAUACAUAUUGCUUUAGCGGAAACUUUAAGGGGAUGUGGUGACCAAAGUGGCGUCAUUGUUACAAAAAAAACAAAAAAACCCUUCAAGACGCCAUCUUGGGUUUAGCAAUGUUUAGCUGCUGGUAUGAACCCGUUCAGAGUAACACUGGUGUAUUUACUUGUUUAUUUUAUUUAUUAAGAAAGCUUUUUGCUAGCUUUAGAAACUUGACAACUCCACGGUCAAACACUAGCCAGCUAGCUCGAAGCUAGCUAUUUAUCUUUAGCUAGUGCAAACCAGUGGCCAUCCCUCGUAACAGCAAACUAACGCAAACUAGCUAGUUUUUAAUUUUGAAAAGUAUAUAUAUAUAUAUAUUUUUUUUUAAUUAUGUAAGUUUCUUCUCAAUUUAUUUAUAUCAAGUGCAAAAGUGUGAUGUCACAUGACCUUUGUCUAAGAAGCGUAGCUGAUAGUUACUCAGACAGAAAAUAUGGUUACAGGACAGACCACCACAGUUAGCGUAGCUAAGCGAAAAUACAGACGUUUGGAACUAGCAAGGCUAACAUAACUAAACAGAAUGCAGUCUUCAGUUUUUCACUGGAUAACAAAUUAAAAAGAUGUAAAGUCACUACGGGCUUCCUUCUUCUUUUCCACAUAGUUCUGUUAGCUUAGCUAAUAGACCGAUAUUUAGCAUAAAUCUCACCUUAAACUUGCACAAGUUAGCUAGAGAGAUAUUGUUACUAUUUGCUAUCUCUAGGUUGGCUAUGCUUCUUACAUAUAAGCCACGUGACAUGUAUGGGUCUUACGCUAGUGAAUUGACAAAUGUUUUAAAAAUGAGUUUUCAGCUAAAACAGCACGUAGCUCAGCAGGAGGAUCGCUACGGCCUCCGCACCAGGUUUUAUAGUCCGGAAGAUACGCUACACUGGUUAGUUUUCAGCAGACAAUCGACUUUCGCUGCCUUCAAGUCCUCCUCGGAAGUGUGUACUUUACGAGUUUGAAGUCGUUAAGUAUGAUGUGAUGUGUGUUCAAGUGGUUGUGGGCGGAAACAAAAUGGAUGUCCUGGACUAUCCCCCUCCACCCCCCCCCCCUUUUUUUUUUAUUUAAUCUUAUUUUUUAAUCAUUGUUCUGUCAGAUGAGAAGGCGAAUAUAUUUUACGAUAAUGCAACAAAGUGAACAACAUUAGCUGAAUAGUGUUUUAAUCCAGUUUAGUGCUAUUCAGACAGGAUUAAUUUUCCAGAUAGAUGUCUGUUAAUUAAUGUUUCCGGAGGAUGAUUGUAGUCAUCCUGAUCGAUUCGUACAGGAUAAACAAUCAGUGUAAAUCUAAAAAAUUCCAUGUGCACUACACGUUUAAUUUUAAUACCAACUGAUUGUUUUGAUCUUUAUUGUAAGCGCUUGUUGUUUUUAGGUCACAUGACCGUUACAUGUCUGUAAGCGGUAUCUGUGCUAGGAAGUUGCCACUUCUCUUUAUUGUUCUGUGUUUUAAACCAGACUUGGUUUUGCUUUGGUUUUGGAGACGAUAGAAAAGAGUGAACAUUCCCUGGAGUGUCUUUUUUAUUUUUUUACUUUUACUUAAAAAAAUAUACUUAUUACUCUCCAGUAAUGAUUGUUUCCCUUCUUCCAUGUGUCAAACUAAUCCCGUCCGAAAAAGGCUACAUCCAAGUCUGCAUCUAUAAUUUCUUCAAAUUUCUGUUAAUGCAACUUCAAAGUAUUUUAUUGACAAGCACACAACUCGUUAACUUUUUUUUGACGCUAAUCCCGUAAUUAUGACAUUUCUGUCAGGACUUGAAGGCCACACUCGUUCUGCUCGACAAUCAGCUCGUUUGUUCAUUCCUACAUGGAAUUUUCUUCCAUUCCAUCUUCUACCGUACCGAGUGGAUUGAGGAGAAGGGGAGGGAAAAAAAAAAACCUCUCCCUAGGACAUUUUGACUCAGAAAAAAGCAGUGUUUUAUUUUUCUAUAGAAGUGCAUUUGAAGUGUGGACGAGUGCAGUGUUCGAAGACGCUUCGGGAGGAUCGAAAUGGCCACGUUAAAAAAAAAAAAAUGCCAAACUCGUGACUUGAGAGUUCUUUGCUCGUGUGAGAUUUCUUUUUUUUUUUCCAGAAAGUGCUCUUGACCUCGCGGACCACAGCAUUUCAUACGCCUAGAGCAUGACGGCAAGCCUUUGCACAUGUGUUUGUAUGUGAGUGGAUUCCAUUGAACUUUGUAUCUUUUUCCUCCGCACGAUAAUUUUAUUGUAUAUUGUAAAUAGAAGCAUUUUGUCAAACCA